AGAAUAAUAACCAAUCAAAAUCAUUUUCUUAUCUCUUUCUCUCUUUCUCUCUCUACCUUUUUCUACUUCUUAACAAGUUAUGACAUUGGAACACCACCCCCUCUUCUUGUUGCUUCUUGUCAUAACACCACUUCAUGUUGCCCACACCGUAUGCUCUAAACAAAUAUAUCAGAUUGCAUAAAUUAGUCAUAGUCCAGGGGGGUUAAUUGUAAAAUAUGACAAAAAAGUGUUAGGACAAACCAGUCAAACUCGGGCAACAGUAUUAAAGACGAUGAUAUCUUGCGAGAAUUUAGUAAAGUGCUGCUCUGUCAGGUUCUUGUUCUUCGCAUAAAAAUCUUCACUGGAUUCCAUUAAUCACAGUCACCCUUCUUUCUUCUAAAACAGCUCAACAAUUUUCUUUAUAAAAUCGAAAAUAUUACAUGCGGCAAGCAACUUGCAGUGAAGAAUUAACGGAGAUUAGUCAACUUUAUUGUCUUUGGCUUUGUUCUGGAAGGAUUCUCCGAGACUAAAAUAUUCAACACACAUAUGAAUAUGACUAUGUGUGCAUAUUGAACACGCAACUAGUGUGCGUGUGCGUUUAUUUUCACACCCUCCAAGUGUUUGUUUUAAUUCCCCUGUGAAUUUUUUCAUAGUUUGAUCACCUGUUCUUCAGAAGCGAACCCAUCCUUCAUCUAUCUGUUAUUUAGCCUGCGAAGCAGCAAAAAGCGCGUGAUUUGAGCCGCUGAUUUGACUCAGAACGAGCGAAGCGAUCAAGAACGCCAGCGAUUUGGUACAAAAUGGGUUCCUGUUUCAGUGUUCGAUUGAAAAUCGAAAGCUCUCGGCAUGAUGGUAAGGUCACAUCUGCCUCAGUUCCCCCAAGCCCUCGAAGCCCAAGAAGCCAAGAUGAGAUUUUGCAAUCAGGAGAUUUAAAAUCUUUCAGUUUCAAUGUUCUUAAAACAGCUACAAGAAAUUUUAGACCCGAUAGUGUAUUGGGUGAAGGUGGAUUUGGGUCAGUUUUCAAAGGGUGGAUCGAUGAAAACUCACUUACAGCUGCAAAACCAGGUACAGGAACAGUGAUUGCAGUCAAAAGGUUAAAUCAUGAAGGCAUUCAAGGUCAUCAAGAAUGGUUGGCUGAAAUCAAUUAUUUAGGGCAGCUUAAUCAUCAAAAUCUUGUAAAGUUAAUCGGUCAUUGUUUGGAAGAUGAUCACAGAAUGUUAGUGUAUGAGUUCAUGCCACGUGGCAGCUUGGAAAAUCAUCUUUUCAGGAGAAGUUCUUAUUUUCAGCCUCUUUCAUGGAACCUUAGAAUAAAAGUUGCUUUAGGUGCUGCAAAGGGACUUGCAUACUUACAUAGUCCUGAAGCAAAAGUGAUCUAUCGUGAUUUCAAGUCCUCCAAUAUAUUAAUCGACUCAAAUUACAAUGCAAAACUUUCGGAUUUUGGGUUGGCAAAAGAUGGGCCCAUUGAUGGUAAAAGCCAUGUGUCUACACGGGUUAUGGGUACCCAAGGUUAUGCAGCUCCUGAAUACAUGGCCACAGGUCAUUUAACUGCAAGAAGCGAUAUAUACAGUUUUGGGGUGGUACUCCUUGAGCUUUUGACAGGUAGGCGAUGCAUUGAUAAAAACCGUCCACCUGGCGAGCAGAUAUUGGUUGUAUUUGCUAAGCCAUUUUUAACUAGCAAACGAAAGAUUCUUCACAUCAUGGACCCACGUAUCGAAGGGCAAUACGCGUCUUCUGUUGCCACGCGGGCUGCCAUGCUGGCAAUGAAGUGUCUGAUGAAAGAACCUAAACACAGGCCGACUGCUGAUGAGUUGGUUAAAGCAUUGGAACAGAUUCAGGAGUUGCAGAAAUCAUUGGAGAAUGUUGGAAUGGAAUCAGUGAGAAAAGAGAAUGGGAAUGGGAAUGAGAAGAAAGUUGUUUCUUAUCCGAGGCCUGUGGGGUCCACUAGUGUUUAAAAUUUUAUUCAGUUGGGGCUGAAUAAGUUGUAUUAGAGUUGGGAAAGAAAAACAGGGGUUUAAUGGAGGGGAUAUUUUGGUGUACAGUUUUUGAGUUUUGAUGCAUAUAUACAUUCGAAUUUGGGCGAUUCGUGGUGUAUGUGUAUGUUGUGGUGAGUGUGAAUGUGUGAUUCUCAUUAAGAAAGAAAUUUGAUGUGCUUAAAUUGAUCCAAAUUUCGUUUCUUGUAGAGUUUGUUUGAAGGAUAACUUGUAACUGGUUAAAGCAACAAAAGAUAUAAUUUGAACAUAAUUGGAGAUCACUUCGCUAGAUUAGUUAUUUAAUUAUGAAGGAAGAGAUUCUAGUAUCUCUCACAUCCC